UGGGUGGACGAAUAAAUAAGUUUGGGGUCUAUAUAGCUCAUUGAUGGAAGAAGUCACCAGAUCAUAAUUGGAGGAAUGUCUCCGUAUUUAUAGACCAGGGUGAAGCCUGUGGGGCACCUGUGUCUGGAAGGAACACUGUGCCGAUGUACGUCUACAAACAAGAACAGACACAAGACCUAGGAAAGCUGCGGACAAAUCCCAUGGAAGAUCCUAUGUACGGCUUUUGCGUAACCAUUGCAGACGCAGAUUCCAGAUGCAUACCAUUUACGAAGGAGGCCGACCGGUGUGAUGUGAGCGACUGCAAUACGCGCCUCGAAUUGUCAUCAAAGCAUAAUUGGAAGCCAAAAGAAAGGCUAUUGGUAAGAAUCGUCCAAUUGCUAGGCAGUCGUAUUUAUUUUUAGUUGUGUUAGCUAGGUCGAUGUAGACACAUACCGUUUAAGUAAUAUCAAAAAUAAGGGUGUGUUGCUGUGGCUUAAGCACCGGUCUUCAAGAUAUUCGGGCUUAGGGGGUUGCCAAAUUCAAAUACGAGCGGAUGAUAUUAGCCCCUCACCUAUCCCUAAUGGCUUGAGAACUUUGACUGACAGUUCUGGUAUAUGGACUGUCAGUAAAACGGUAGAUGAGCGCAUAUGCGAAUGGUCAGCGCACAUCCCACCUCAGGUAUAACUUUUACCAACGUGACAAUUGACAAUUUCCACGCCACCAAAUUUAACAGCAAGAAUAAAACUGUGGAGCCAAGCCUCAGUUCAUGGUCCAGGCUAGUGGUAUUCCAGGAAGGCCAAGCAAGACGUGACCCAAACACCCACUGACCUCUGUUGCCCUUCUUCCAUCUCCUCAACCCCUCGCCAUCCACUUGUCUUCGCAACGACUUCGACUUCGACUUCCAGUGGUGACGCCAUCUGCCUCAAGUGGACCUCAGCUCCAGAUCCAGGGCGUGCCCCACAGUGUACGAGUCACGUGAGUUUAAGUAAUCGCGCCCUCGCACUAAUAUAAACACCCUC